AUGAAUAAAAGAUAUCUGCAGAAGGCAACAAAGGGGACAAUUCUUAUGAUAAUAUUUAUUGGAACCAUCUGGGGAAAACUGACAACUGGAGGAAUUCACCAAAAAACCCAGCAUGUCAGAACUGGAACAUGUGAAGUUGUGGCUCUCCACAGAUGCUGCAAUAAGAACAAAAUAGAAGAAAGGUCACAAACAGUAAAGUGCUCAUGUUUCCCAGGACAAGUAGCAGGAACAACAAGAGCUACUCCUUCCUGUGUUGAUGCAUCUAUUGUGGAAUUGAAAUGGUGGUGUCAGAUGCAACCAUGUCUCGAAGGAGAAGAAUGUAAAGUUCUACCUGAUCAAAAGGGAUGGAGUUGUGCCUCAGGUAAUAAA